AUGAAUGUCCAGCUGAUCUACAUAGCUCGGCAGAGUGGCCAAGCUAUUGGACGUAACCUGGGAGCCCUUGUGGUUGCGCAACACCAGCUUUGGUUCUCCCAGGCCAGGGUCCUGGACAGGGACAAAGCAUCCCUGCUCAACGUGCCCAUCACCCCCGGCUACACCUUGGGCCAGCCGCAGGAUACCCACAACCGACCCUCAGCAGCGGCAGGUAGUGCUCGGCAGAGACCCCAGCAGCACAUUCAACAGAGACAGUACCAUCCGAACACAUUUAUUCUGAUUGGAUUUCCUGGACUAGAAAGCUACCAGCACUGGCUCACUAUUCCUUUCUCUGUUAUGUAUAUUCUAGCCAUUAUUGGGAAUAUUUUGCUAAUUUGCAUUGUUAAACUUGAACCUAAUCUACAUACACCUAUGUAUACUUUCCUUUGUGUGUUGGCAAUGGUAGAUAUUGGUUUAUGCACUUCUACAAUCCCUAAAAUGCUACAGAUGUUCUGGCAAAAAGACAGCACUAUUUCUUUUGAAGGAUGCUUUAUUCAAAUGUUCUUCAUUCAUGUCCUGUCUUCACUGGAGUCUUCAACACUGGCAGCAAUGGCUUAUGACAGGUAUGUUGCAAUAUACAAUCCCUUGCUUUACACAACUAUAUUGACCAAAGGUAAAAUGGCUAAAAUUAUGGGGGUACUUUUUGCAAGAUGUUUUAUUUUAGCUGGACUUGUACCUGUUUUAGCAUCAAUGUUGCCUUACUGUUCAGCAAACACUAUCCAGCAUUGCUUUUGUGAGCAUAUGGCUGUUGCAAAGUUGGCCUGUAAGGAUAUUACAAUGAAUAGUUAUUAUAGUCUAGCUGUAGCCUUUGUGAUAGCAGGCACGGAUAUCACAUUUAUCAUAUUUACUUAUGCAGUGAUUCUUCGAGCUGUCUCAAAGCUUGGAUCAAAGGCAGCCCGGGUCAAGGCAUUUAACACCUGUGGCUCCCAUUUGUUUGUUAUAAUGUAUUUUUAUACAACCACAUUGUUUACUUUUGUAACUUAUAGGUUUGGUAAAAAUAUACCACCCCGAAUUCAUGUUAUGUUUGCUGUCUUAUAUCUUCUUGUCCCACCGAUGUUGAAUCCUAUAGUUUAUGGAGUGAAGACAAAGGAAAUUCGUCAAGGAUUUCAAAAGCAUUUUUUAAGGAAAAAGAUUAACCUAAAUGAUAAAUGA